UAAUUCCCAACUUUAGCUCAAAAAACUCACACCCCUCUCUCUUUCCAUCUCUGCUCAGAAGUCAUAAUCCUGUCACUCAGAUGAUAUUUUCCCUGUGUUCACAGUUUACCUAUUUUUCAAGCUUCCUUUCAUGUUAAAGAUUAUUGUGAUUCCAUAGCAUUUUCAAGACAUACAAAAACAUAAAAAUGGUACAAGGGGUGAAAACAAAGAUCAAGAAAAGCCCAUCUGUUCAACUUAAUUAUGUAAUUGAUAUUAUAGAGAUUAAACCAUGGCCUCCGUCGCAAUCGUUGAGAUCGAUUCGCUCCGCUUUGAUUCAAUGGGAACAUGGCGAAAAAAAUUCGGGGACUACGAAAGCAGUGACUCCUUUACUGGUUUCUAGUUCUGGUGUUGGUGAUGGUAAAAUUGAAUUUAAUGAAUCUUUUAAACUUAAUUUGACGUUGUUGAGAGAACUGUCGAUUAAGGCUGGAGACGGUGAUGUUUUUUUGAAAAAUUGUAUAGAGUUUAAUAUGUAUGAACCGCGGAGGGAUAAGAGCGUAAAAGGCCAGUUGUUGGCGACUGCUGUUGUGGACUUUGCGGAGUACGGUGUUGUGAAAGAUGGGUUGAUGAUUAGUGUGCCUAUGAACUGCAAGAGGGCUUUUAGUAAUACGGUUCAACCGAUGCUGUUUUUGAAGAUUGAAGCGUUUGACAAAAAUAAUCGUGUGAGAUCUGCGUCAAUGGAUAGAAACUCGUCUGAGUCGGUAGUGAACGGGGAACAUGUCGAAGAAACCGAGAGUACUUCCGUUACUGACGAUGACGUUUCCUCACAGUCUUCCAUGGCUGCAACGUCGUUGACUUCAAGGCCAAACGUAAGUUCAAAUCCUCAAAAAUCGGUUGCUGAAUCAGUGGCUGAAACAGAUGAAGAUACGGGCUCUGUGACGGCAACGGAAUCGCGGAUCGGUGAUGUGGUUGGCAAACAAUCUUUUAUAUCAAAUACAGACGAAAGUCAAAAUGAACAAAAAAGUCAAAUCAUGGGAGAUGAGCCCAGCAUAAGUGGCGAUCGAUUUAGAAAGGUGAAAUCCACCGGUUCUUCGUUGGAUUCAAGCUAUAACAACGGAUCUUGGAGGUCUAGUAAGAUUGGGGAAAAAGUCAAAGAUGUAAGCAAAUUGCAACAAUUGGAGCACAAAGUGCAAAGUCUCGAAGGUGAGCUUCGAGAAGCUGCUGCUAUCGAAGUCGGUCUUUACUCAAUAGUUGCGGAACACGGGAGUUCAAUUAGUAAAGUUCAUGCACCAGCUAGGCGUCUUUCGAGGCUGUACCUGCAUGCAUGUAAAGAGAAUUCUCAAUCCCGGAGAGCAAGUUCCGCAAGAAGUAUUGUUUCAGGAUUAAUUCUGGUUGCAAAAGCUUGCGGAAAUGACGUUCCAAGGUUGACUUUCUGGAUGUCAAACUGUGUUGUACUGAGAGCAAUCAUAUACGUAACUUUCGAGCAAGAGCACAAAGCGAAUUCUUCAAGCAAAAAAAGGGGUAUCAAGGGUAAUAUUGGCAUAAAAUCUUCACUCAAGGGUAGAAUUGGUAUUCAUGGAAUUCCUAAUGAGUGGGAAAACCCUUGUAAUUUUACCUCAGCCCUGGAAAAAGUUGAAUCUUGGAUCUUUUCACGAAUCAUCGAGUCAGUAUGGUGGCAGACUCUUACCCCAUAUAUGCAAUCUGCAGCCGCAAAAGCUAUCGUACGAAUUGUAGAUUCCGAAUCUAGUAAAUCCUCUAAAAAAGCAUCCACUCCACGUAGUCAAGAACAAGCAAACUUUUCAAUGGAGCUUUGGAAGACCGCUUUCAUGGAUGCUUGUGAAAGAAUCUGUCCCGUUCGAGCUGAAGGACAUGAUUGCGGUUGCUUGCCUGUUCUUUCUAGAUUGGUUAUGGAACAAUGCAUGGCUAGAUUAGAUGUCGCUAUGUUCAACGCAGUUCUUCGUGAAUCUGCUGACGAGGCUCCAACCGACCCUGUAUCGGACCCGAUCAGUGAUGCGAGAGUCCUUCCUAUUUCAUCAGGGAAGGCAAGUUUUGGUGCCGGUGCACAACUUAAAAACGCGAUAGGAAACUGGUCAAGGUGGCUGACGGAUCUAUUUGGUAUCGAUGAUGACGAUGUGUUUGACGACGAGAACGAUGACGUGAGAUCAAAAGAUGACGCGUCAUUCAAAUCUUUUCAUCUCCUCAAUGCAUUGAGUGACCUUAUGAUGCUUCCUAAGGAUAUGCUUUUAAGUAGCACAGUUAGAAAAGAGGUAUGUCCUACUUUUGGUGCACCGUUAAUAAAGAAGAUACUUGAUACUUUCGUCCCUGAUGAGUUUUGCCCGGACCCCAUUCCUGCAGUGGUGCUUGAGGCCCUAGAUUCAGAGGAUUCAUUUGAGGGUGGUGAAGAUUGUGUGACCAGUCUCCCAUGUGCAGCAGCUUCAGUUGUAUAUCACCCUCCACCUGCGUCUUCAAUCAGACACAUACUAGGAGAAGGUGUGAGCCGAACUCAGUUGACCCGCAGUGGGUCAAUCAUGAGAAAGUCAAACACGAGUGAUGAUGAACUUGAUGAAUUGAGUUCACCCUUGACUGCCAUCAUUGAUAAUUCUCGGGGGUCACGUGCUACAAGUAAGACCAUCUGGAGAUCGAAGGAUACGGGCAGCCAAAGUAAUCUUCGAUAUAAACUCCUUAAAGAGGUAUGGGUUGAUAACGAAUAGUGAUUUACGUGAGUUUUGAAGGCUGUGAUAUUCUGAAAAGAUGUGAAAACGUUGGAUCAAAGGCGGAUGUAAAUAUUUACAAGCAUAUGGAAUAAGUGGGCAGAUCAUAUUUUGUUAUUGAGUGAGUGUUAGCUUCCUGUUUACCAACUCUGAAGACAAAUAUUAUUAUCUAUCAAGUUAUAACUUGUAAUGGCCUUCCUAUGAUGUAUGGUAUGUGCAAUUAUGUAAUUUUACGUGCGCUAUAUGAGCAAA